AUGAGAAAAAAACCAGAAAUUCCACUUUCUCAACAGGAAAAAUUAAAGGAACAAGAAGUAAAGAAAGAAGAAUUAGCGGAAAAAAAAUUAGAAGAAUUUCUAUUAACGCAAAAGGAAGAAAAAGCAAAACUAGAAGAAGAUAAACAAAUAAAAGUAGCCGAAACCUGGGAUACCGUCCCGUUUGCUCAACUAAUAAGGAGUUUGAUGUUAAUGACUCAGUCCAUUUUUAGAAAAUAUAUUUUAAUUCCUUUAUUGAUAAUAGCAAAAAAUAUUGUUCGUCUACUAUUAUUCCAACGUGCUGAGUGGUCUGAAGAUUUCGAUGACUGGAGUAAAGAACGACAUAUUAAAUGUACCUAUAAUGGUGUUCAAUUAUCAGAAACCGAAUUUCCUCAAGACUGGUUAACAGAUGGUAUUCAGAUAAAGAUAGUAUUUCCUUUCUAUCUAAAACCUUGGCACACAUCCCGAGAUCUAAUAAAAAAACAAAAUCAACCAGAUGAUUAUUGUUUUUUAACAGUUUUCGGAACAGAAACUGACAGUCUUUUUGGUCCUCCCCGAAAACACCCUUCUUUUUUUAACCGUAUUUUUAAACAAUUAGGCAAAAAUAUUCGAAAGUUUCCAAAUACAAGAAAAUUUUGGAUUAUGAAAAUCCUUCUAUUUUUUAAAAAAAUAAAAAUAAUGUUAAAGGAAAAUCGAAUUCUAGGAUUUGGAGUGAGCGAAGAAUCUAGGGAAAUAAAAAAAGAAAAAGAUUCGAUAAUUACUAAUCAUAUGAUUAGGGAAAUAAAAAAAGAAAAAGAUUCGAUAAUCACUAAUCAUAUGAUUCAUGAAUCGUCCAUUCAAACUCGAUUCCUGAAUCGGACAAAUUCUUCAGUGCCAGAAAAAAAAAUAAAAGAUUUGGCUAAUCGAACAAGGACAAUAAAAAAAAAAUAG